CUGUUUGUGAGAGUUCGUUCGACAGUCAUGUCUUCGUGAGUUCAAUCCCCUCUGAUCUGGGCUCGAUCGCUCUAUCAAUGCAGUUUCCGUAUCCUCGGACUUGGGGUUCUUCGAAGUGUAAACAUUUGCACUAGAACACUGCAUCUCCUACUUUCUGUUGACUAUUGUGGGGGAAUUGAGCACAGUGCAGGGUGUUGGUUGGGGUGUGGGUAAGAUGGACAUGACAUGGCUCAGUGCCAUUCUCAUUGGGGCUGGCUGCCUUGCUUUGGGAUACCUCAUUGGCACACGAUAUCCUGCUCGCCUGUUUCUUUCAGCCAGGUUUGUUAAACGCACUGCUGUUGUUGCCGAUGGUGAGAAGAAGAACAAGGUCAAGCAACCCCUCGAGAUUGAAAAGCUGGCUGACAUUAUUGAAGAUUUCAAAAUGGUUUUAGUGGUGAGGAAUGACUUAAAGAUGGGGAAAGGAAAGAUUGCCGCCCAAUGCAGCCAUGCAACUUUGGGUCUUUAUAAGAAGCUUCUCCUUCGAGCGCCAAAGGCUUUGAACAGGUGGGAGAUGUGUGGGCAAGUUAAGGUGGUGGUGAAAAUUGAGUCUGAAGAUGAUCUGCUGAUUUUACAGGAAAGGGCAAAAUCACUUAACUUACCGACCCAUAUUACGGUUGAUGCAGGGAGAACACAGAUUGCACCAAAUUCAAGGACGGUGAUGGCUAUCCUUGGGCCUGCUGGCAUGGUGGAUGAUGUAACUGGUGGAUUGAAGCUUUUGUAGAGGCAGCUACAUUGGGAUUAUGUUUAUGUUGGAAGUUGCUGCCGUCCCCUCAAGUCGUGAAGAGCUUUAGGAAUCUGAGAGAUAGAGAGCAUUACAAUGUUUAAACACUAGAAAAGAAAACUGGCACUGGAUCACUAUUUUUCCCUACAUCUGAUCUGAUGAUGAUGAUGAUGAUUGUUAUGAAACAUUAUUGUAAUGAACCAACCCAUUCUCAAUGAGGGAAUUGUAAUUUUAAGCGCUAGAAAAGCCAUAAUUGGGAAAUUCAAUUUUCUUGUGAUUUGGGAUUUUUUUCAUCUUCUUAUUUAUAUGUUCCGAA